AUGGUGUACGAUUGGUCUGGCAAGCGGGAUGUCUGCUUCCAGAUGUACAUCCAGGAAAAGAAGGCGUUGGAGGAAAUCAUGGAGUACAUGCGGACUGCCUAUCAGUUUGCGCCAAGCAAACGCGCUUUUCAGACUCAGUUCAAGCGAUGGGGUUUCCCCUCGAAACAAAAUCCAGCCCACAAGAAUGUCGACCUUGUUGCACGAGUCAAACAGCUUUGGGAACGGAACACAAGCCAACGAGAUAUGCUUCGUGUCUUGAAUGAUGAAGGCUUUGAGAUCAAAGAGAGGGAAUUAAUGCGAGUGCGCGCAAAGAAUCGCUGGCUGCUGCGAGUCCCCAACGGAAUGAAAUCACAGUCGAACGUUGAGGAACAAGCUGUCACCCCCGAGGAUGAGGGCUUACUCGCCUUGCAGCAGGAGGUCUAUAAGGUCGAAAGUGCACUGGAUGACUCUCAUCCUCUCCCCACACAACCAGCUGCCGAGCGUCCAACUACCGAGUCUUCCGCUCUUUCACCGGAGGUCAUUGCAAAACGCCAAGAGCGACUGGACCGCCUGAAAACAGAAAGCGCUGAACGUUGGGCAUCACGGAAACGACGUCGUCGUACUCGAGGAUGGGCUGGGCUACCAGCUGAUCCUCCAGGACCUCCACGCUUCCCGUCUGAGACAACCAUCGAUGAGAGCAAACAGUAUCUCAGUCUGGACAAUAUGAUGUACCGUCAAACUAGAGAUCAUUUCCAGCGAAUCUGCGAAGAAGCAGGUUUCAUAAAAAAAACCGCGGCUGGCCCUGAAAGAUGGCAGGCUGCUAAAGACAAAUUGAUACAAGAAUCCCCGCACCUCCAACAGGUGUUCAACACAGAUCCUACUCAACGAGAUGCAAAGGUCCUUGCACUUGACGUUGUGUGUACUGACGUUACCAAACGAAUGCGGACUUUGGAAAGACGCAUGACAAUCGCAGAGGCGAAGAAUGCCCUGGGGAUCAACCCAGAGGAAAGCCGACAGAUUCGCAAUGCCUUCUAUGAUACCUUGAAAGUGGACCAUUUCACAAGUAAGUUAGAGGCCGGCGAUGAGCACUGGAGAGAACUCAAAGAGCAAUGGAUUGCAAGCUCGGAACUGCUACAGCGAAUUCUCGCACCUGGGCCAGCCGAUCCAGAUCAUGGCAACAAACUUAAGGCACUUGAAGUGCUUUGUCGCGAUGUCAUGAAAAGACUGCGAGAUGACCAAACUAAGCGAGACCCGGCACGCAAGAGAUCCUCGGCACGUGCUGAGUCUCGAAAUCCGACCUCGACAACUUCGUCUAUGGGCAGCAUGCUGGGCAACGAGAUCAGCAAUGGAAUUAGUACUCUCGCCUCUCAGGCACUGGCCAGUGCACCCAUCACGGCUACUGAGAUCGGGGAUAUGCAAAUUGACCCUUCGCUGCUCCAGGCAGCGAACGACCCGUCUUUCGCUACCAAUGCACACCAUGACGCGGGCAAUGGUUUCGAGUACGUGGAUCCUAUGCUCAGUUCUGCAUUGCUACAUACUCCUGUCUGGUUCCAGGUUGGUCCUUCGGGUCAGUCUCAGGAGUCAAUCCCAAAACCCUGGCUUGAGAAAUUAGCCACACGGACACUGGAAGAGCUUCGGCAAAUGAUCGGUGCCAGGUAUCCCUAUUCAAUCAUCACCCGGAUUGAGGGCAUUGACAGGGAUGAGAACGGGAAUGAGAUUCCGUUCUCAAUCAACGACGAUCAUGAAUUGGAUGUAUACUUGACCCAUGUUCACGAAAGGAAGGCGUUACUCAUUUUUAGCCUGGGACAGAUCUGA